AUGGCACGAAAGAACAAGGGAACGAAGAAGGCGGCUGUGCCAGGAAGCAUGACCAAUACCAUUCCUGCUCCCAACCCACAGGCCGGCACGAAUGCCACAAGCCCCACCAAAACUACCACAGAGCCUUCGAAAUCUCGUCCUCACGCUACCUCGAUGCAAAUGAAUGGAGUCUUUGCAGCGAUUCACCGUAUGGAGAAGAAGGUCGACAGUCAAGAGCUCAUUUUGCACAGUAUACUAGAUAACCUUCUCGCACUCGCCACCAAGCAUGCAGCUCUUUCGCAGGCCCCUCACCUCGCGCUCGCUGGUCCAAGUAUAGCCGACGAGGCAGACUCGAGUGGAGGCUUGGAUCAGACAAGUGCGCUGGCCACGGAAUUGGAAAACUUCAGAGCGGAUCUUUCGAGACGUGCGUACUCUGGUGGUGGCCGUUCUUGAGGCCCAUGCUGACAUCAAGCCCCUCUUGCGCCAAAGAUGUGGCCGGUCGCCUAAAAGGCCUCGAACGCAUGCUAGAUGGACUUGCAACGAGUGAGUUGAGUGCGUCUUGAGCUCCGACCGACGCCCGCCUCCUGACCUCGAGGUUGUGCGUCAUGCCAACACCUCUGGCUACCCAGCGCCUGACAACAGUAAAACCGAGUCUGUUCCAAGCGAGCGCGCUGGUAAGUACACGAGCGCCGUUUUGAAUCGCUGAGCGUACACCUAUUCAGGUUCACGCUGACGCUGUGCCCGGCUUACCCUGCUCCGAUGCCCAAGCUCCGGGCACUGGCGGCACUACUGGCCACUCGGACGACUUGUAA